UUCAAACUCCAGUUGAGUCCAUAAGACAGGAGGCUUUCCUUGACCAGUUUCCUGUAACCAUGGCGACAGGAAGUGCUCUGCAGUCAGGUUUGUGGUAUUGUGUGUUCGGGAAGCGGCCCGUUUCCUGCUGUUCCCGCCGGUUUCCUCUCCGUCGCUGGAGAGCCGCUCAGACGGUCGGCUUGUUUUCCUCCUGGAUUUACCCAAAACCGCCACAUAUGGUCCAGGUGAGUCUGAGUUUCUACUGAAAUAUAAAACCAAACGUUGAGGAGCGGCCGCAUGCGCGGAGAUCUGUGAGAAUCGAUGGAGUUCAAGCCAAACGACAUCACUUCCUGUCUGUGAUCCCCCCUGGCAGCAAUGCGCCUCAGCCAGCUGGUCACCAGCAGCUCCUCCCUCCAGGUUCCUCCUCUGCCCAGCCGGGUCGGCGCCGGCCCAGUCAGAGGGACGGAGCGGCCCCCGGAGCCCCCGAGGAGCUGCGGCUCGGCCGGGAGGACCUGCUGGAGUCCGGACCUGAAGGUGGCGCUGCUGCUGGUGACGCUGGCCGGAGCCGUGAUCCUGCUGCUGCUCUACAGGCUGCUGCAGCUGAGGCACAGGCUCAGGCUGGCCCGGGCGCGACACACCUUGGAGUACAACAGCUUCUACCACAGCGCCACCUACAGGCUGCAGCAGCCCACCGCCUGUCAGGAGAUCCCCACCAAGAACGGGUCUCUCCCUGCAGAACCGGCUCCCAUCCAGACCAUCACCACCAUAACUUCCAUCGUCGCUCCGCCUUCCCUCCCCCUGCCGCCGACCCCGCCUGCAGCGCCCCCGCCUGGGCUCCGGCCGCCGUCGCUGCCUCUGAUCCUCACCACGCCGCCCAGCCCCCACCUGUCCUGGGGCGCGUGCUCGGACGGGGACGUUUACUCUCGGAUCGGAGCCUUCCGGCCCUCCAGGCCGUCCAGCCUGUCCAGCAGAUCCACCGUCAUCCUGUUCGAACACUCGGCCCUCUGAACGUUGGCUUGGUGCUCCGGUUUCAUCCUUCAGCACCACGGGGGGAUCAAAGGUCACCAAAGGUCAUCACAAAAUUAACCUUUCAAAGCCAAAACAUCGUCUUUAGCUUCAGGCAGAUUGUUCAGCGUUACAUCAGAAAGUAUUUAGAAAUGAUAAAAGUUUAUUAGAAAUACUUUAACAGAAGCAAAAUGUUUCUGCAAUAAAAUGAUAAAUUUUGUUGUUGGACUGUAACUUAUAUCAUGUUUGUAAACAGAACAAUUUUACAACAGAGCGUCAAAAAAAUAAAACUGAGGGAAAAAUGUCUUAAUAUUUCAAGAAUAAAGUCAUACAAGAAGUCUAAUAUUACAACAAUAAUAAUAUUCGUGUAAUAUUAGCUUAAUGUUAUUAAGCUAAUAUUAUAAUAUAUAUUUCAGGCACUCUGCUGUAAUAUCAGCACUCUGCUGUAAUAUCGGCAGAGUGCCUGAAGACUAUCAAUAGUCAGAAACCAAUUAAAGUUUUACGGUUCUGUUAACAAUAUAAGAAAAAGACCUGCUGACAUUAAUAGUUAAAAGUCCAAUUCGGAUUAAAAAUCUUGUUCUGGUGAAACCGGAGAAAAGCCAAACAUUCACAGAGAGAACCUGCAAACUCCAAGCUGGGAUUAAAUCUUUCAUUCUUCAAAUUAAAAGCUCUAAAUAAACGACAUCAAAUCAAUUUAAUUAGAAUGUUUAAUUUGCACAUUAAUAAAAAAGAAAAACAUUUUUCUUAAUGUUAAUAAUCCUGAUUUUCAUAAUUCGAACAUAAAAACGUUUCAAUUCUUUGAAUAAUUGUGACGUUUCUUGGUUUGCAUUGAGGGAAAAUUAUGUCGUUUUAGUCAAACUGAAAGCUUUCCGUUACCAUAGAAACAACAGAAAUGUUCAAAAGUCUAAUUUAGAGCGAUUCAAUCUAUUCUUGGCAUCGUAAUAAUACGUUGGCACAACAAAUAAAUGUUAGAGGACAUUUAGUCAAAUUGAAUCACCUGAUGCUUUUUUAUAUCUGAUGGAAACAUUUAGUUUUGUUUUUAUCGGUUAUUUUCUAGCUGUGAAAUACAAACCUUAAACACUUUAAACUGUGGUGUCAAUACGAAUUAUUAUUUCCUAUUAUUCAGCCUCAGAUUGCUCCUGUUUUUCUGCUGAAAACCUUUUCUGUCCUUUGGUAUGAUUGAAAAAUCGUUUUGUGAGCAUUUUGUCAUAAAAAAAAGCAGAUAUAAAUGUCAAAACAUGUCAGAAAAGUCUCAGGUUAUAAACAAUAAGACAGGCUGGUUGAAUUAUUCAGCAAAAUCCUCAGAAAAUCGGAAUCUGCUCUGAAAAAUGUGACGGACUGAUCCGUCUCUGUAGGAAAUGUUCCUCCCAGGUCACACGAGUCGGAAAAUUUUCGGUUUUGCAACCAUUUCUAUAAUUUGUAGUCGUUUUUGUUUUGGCAUAAUGUAUAAAUGUACAUUCAAUAA